AUGUCUCGCACUACCCCAUCUGAUUCGCGCACCACGGUUGCCACGCUCUUUGCGGGCCCGGGCAAGGCAGCCAACUCCGGUCCAUCAGUCAGUGAAAAUGUUGGAUUCCGCUUCGUCCUCGAUCGCACGGUCCAGACAUUGUCGAGUAACAAUGUCCCCGAGUCCGGUUCUGUCUCAGGCCUCUUGUUUGUACCAAGUCUGAAGUCUGGAGAUCCCUGUAACAAGAUCACCGACCCUUUCGUACCGGCCAAUGUGACACGCCACAAGGACGUCUCGGAAUUUGGAUACCCUAUUGUCGGCAUUGCCCCGUGGGUGUCCGCUGAUUGUACUCGAUCAUUCCUGGACGCCUCGCGGGAGGUUGGCACGGAAGCCCUCGUUUUCUUCCAGCCAUCCAAUGACGAGACUGGGAUACCUCCUCCACCAAGUGACCCUCGCUGGGAGUUGAAUGACGGAGGCCGGUGGAAAACCGAUAAUGACUACCCAGUUUAUGCGAUCCCUGGCCGGGCGGGCACGACACUGAUGCGUGACCUCUCAUGGUUCUCGGAAGGCAGCCCAAAGGCCAAGAAUGAAAAUGAAACCCAUCCAUCGCUCGCACAGUCCAGGAGUGAGAGGUUAUUCACUAUGAUUGACACCGAGAAGCAAACUAGUUCGUCACCGAGCCUCUGGGGCUUCGUCAUGGCGAUACUGGGGACUGUUUUAGCUCUCAGCUUCAUCCUGCUGAUUGUGUACCGGAUCGUGCAACGGAGACGACGAGAACAUCUCCACAGACGCAUCGAAGCAGGUGAAGUCGACGUUGAGCACUUGGCAAUGCACCAGAUUAAAGUGCCCCGAGAUGUUGUGGAAAAAAUGCCUUUGUAUACCUUUCCCGCCAUCACUUCGCCCUCCGAAGCAACGCUUGCCAGCGAUGAGACGCAGGCCAAGGUGGCGGAACUUGAUGUCCAUAGCAAGUCCAGCACACCGUCCCUCGACGAAGAACACUGCGAUCUUGCAAAUGACGUGAAAAUUCAAAUGCCCGAAGCCGCAGUGCUCAGUUCUCGCGCCAGUGACCACUCGGAAGUUCUCACCAAGCAGUAUCGACUAAGUCAUACUCAAACGACCUGUGCCAUCUGCCUCGACGAUUAUGUGACCGGGUCGUCAACGGUCCGCGAACUACCAUGCGGCCACAUAUUUGAUCCAGGUUGUAUCGACCCGUUCCUCAUGGAGAAUAGCAGUCUGUGUCCUUUGUGUAAGAAGAGCGUGUUGCCGCCCGGGUCAUACCAGAUUGCGGUGACAAAUGAUAUGGUGCAGCGAGAGCCGUCCCACACACAAUCUUUGCUUCUGUUCUUCCCUCCUCGAACUUUUCGCGACAACGACCAACGACCCUGUGAAGCCGACAAGAUGGGUGCCCUCAAGUACGUGGAAGAGAUCCAGAAGAAGAAGCAGUCCGACGUGAUUCGCUUCCUGCUGCGCGUCCGAUGCUGGGAGCUCCGUCAGCUGAACGCCAUCCACCGUGCUUCGCGCCCCUCUCGCCCCGACAAGGCUCGUCGUCUCGGCUACAAGGCCAAGCAGGGCUACGUUGUCUACCGCAUCCGUGUCCGCCGCGGUGGCCGCAAGCGCCCUGUGCCUAAGGGUGCCACCUACGGCAAGCCCACCAACCAUGGUGUCAACCAGCUCAAGUACCAGCGUGCUCUGAGCGCCACCGCUGAGGAGCGUGUUGGCCGCCGCUGCGCCAACCUGCGCGUUCUGAACUCCUACUGGGUCAACCAGGACUCGACCUACAAGUACUUCGAGGUCAUCCUCGUCGACCCCCAGCACAAGGCCAUCCGCCGCGAUGCUCGCAUCAACUGGAUCUGCAACCCCGUCCACAAGCACCGCGAGAGCCGUGGUCUCACUGCCAGCGGCAAGAAGUCCCGUGGUAUCAACAAGGGCCACCGCUACAACAACACCAAGGCCGGCCGCCGCCACACCUGGAAGCGCCAGAACACCCAGAAGUUCUGGAGAUACCGUUAA